UUGAACGUGACAUCAAUGAUUACAUACCUUCGUGCUUUUGUUACUGCAAGUGUUUCAUCGCAUACCAUGAGCAACGUACUAUUAGCCUUCACAUAGUUCAUCAUACAAUCUCCCCAAUAUCCUAAUAACAUUUUACAUUCGACAUCAGCCUCUGCAACGAACCCGAGCUAUCUUCAAGGCCUGCACCGACAUCGCGAACGCGAUGAACUACAUUCGCGGCGCCGUGAGCGCAAUCAGUGCUCCAUACCAGUACUACAAGGAUAUCAACCCAUCUACCCUCACUGGGGCAAUCGAUGUCAUUGUUAUCCGGCGCGCACCAUCGCCCUCCUUAUCUGCUAGCUCCGGUUCACCAGACAGCGAUAUCUACGCCUGCUCCCCAUUCCAUGUGCGGUUCGGUAAGCUCCAAGUACUCAGACCUGCUGAAAAGAAGGUCAAUGUAUCAGUAAAUGGCUCGCCCAUCCCGUUCAGUAUGAAAAUCGGAGACGCAGGAGAAGCGUUUUUCGUGUUCGAGACAGACGAAGAUAUCCCAGAAGAUCUCGUUACAAGCCCUCUACUCUCUCCAACCCCGGAACCAGGCGAACUUCAGGGUGACUUUGAACGCGGAAGGUCUGGAGCUCAGCCGGACGGUGAUGGGAAGCAGAUGGAUUUGAGUUUGCAGAUGCAGGAGCCUGAGUUUCUUGACUUGAAUGCUUCGUCUGGGAUGAAACAUCCCAUUCCGAUACAUGCGGACGCGAAACCGAAGCCUGGUUCGAGGAGCGCUCCUCAUACCCCUCCACCAGAGGAACCUUUGGCGCUACCAUCCGACGUGCCCGGUCCAGAAGUGCAAUACAAAGCUGAUAUCGCACUUGACAUGGCUGGAUAUCAUUCAACCCAAGCAUGCGACGCGUCAUCCUCACGCGUAUCCCAUUCGCCAUCCCAAGUUUCAUCUGGCAUCCCCUUCCCAUCCACCGCACCACCAGCCGCUUCUCCUCUAAGUAAGCGUUCCCCAUCACUUUCCACAACCACAUUUCCCGCCCGCCGCUCCGUUUCCGAAUCCCCAGAAGAUAUCCCACUUCCGCAGUACUCCUGGGAAUGGGGCGCCUUUCCCCAACCCUCACCAAUAAAUACCCACUUCCCAUCUUCAUAUCUAUCACGCAAGGGCAAAGCACCUAUCGUGGAUGAGCAUGUUCCACUCGAUUUUGAUUCCGAAGAAUUUCUGGCGCGCAGUAGGAGUGUUCCGCCUGAGCUCGAAGGCAGUCCGCAUACCGUCCGCUCGUCUCUACCGUCUCAUGACGAAGAUGAGCAUCCAUAUGAUCAUGAACGAGAACUCGGGCGUGAUCAUCCUCCCCUUCCACUCCCUGAACACGGCUUUGGCUCGGGCGGUGUUCUUACAACGCUCCCAUCCGAUCCACGCAUAUUCCUUGUGCAUAUCGAAGGACAAGCACUGUCAUUUGCUCUCUCCCUUGUGCCUACGUCAAAUCGCGGGAUCUUCCAUGGGAGUGACGAAGUGGAAGCUGUGCGUCUGUUUGAGGCGGGACGGAUCGAGUAUACUCAGCUUGUGUCUGAGGAGGUGGUGGUUGGCGCGAGCGGGGAGGUGAGGGCGCGUACGAUGGUAGAAGAUGAGAGAUUGGUGAUUCGGUGGGCGGGCGGGCAGUAUAUCACGAGGGAAGAUGGGAGCCCGUUGAUGGAUGCUUUGAGGUUGUGGGUUGAGAAUGCGCCGAAGGAGCCAUCAAGGGCGAUGUCAGAGCCUCCUCCACUCAUGGAAGAGGAACCGCAGUCGCUUAUGGAUGAGAGGGAGGAAGAAGAACAGGUGAGUAGCGCCGAUGAACAAGAACCGGUGUCGAGUGGGGAUGAAAGAGAGUUGAAACGUGCCGAUUCGGAACCGCCGGAGUCGCAUCGGAAACCGAUGUCGAGCAGUUGGGCUAGGUGGUGGAGCCGGAGCCGGGAUAUAACAGAGGCUGAUCGACCUAUUCUGAGGGCGUCGAAUACUCUUCCAUUGGAAUCCUUACAGACACCGGUUUCUCUUGUGGCCCAUCGUACGGUGUUCCCUCAAUCUGCGUCGGCUCCUCCUGCCACGCCUGAGGGUGGCAAAGCUCCAGAAAUCAUUGAGCCAUUGACCAAGGCGUUGGAGGCAAAGAUUGCGAGGACGCAAAAGAGGUAUGCCAAGACGCUGCGGUUGACCUCGGACCAAUUGAAAUCCCUUGACCUUAAACCGGGCGCUAAUACCAUCACCUUUUCCCUGUCCAAUUCCACUGUGCCCGCCUGCACAGCGCGGAUAUUUGUAUGGGACUCGACUGAUCUUGUUGUCGUGUCUGACAUAGAUGGUACAAUCACCAAGUCCGACGGCCUUGGUCAUGUCUUUGCUAUGAUCGGUCGCGACUGGACGCAUUCCGGUGUUGCCAAGCUGUACACCGAUAUCAGACGCAACGGGUACAAGAUCAUGUACCUCACUUCACGAGCUAUCGGGCAGGCAGAUUCUACACGUGACUACCUCAAGGGCAUCAAACAAGACGACUAUCAGCUUCCUGAAGGCCCCGUCAUCAUGAGCCCCGACCGGCUAAUGGCUUCGCUGCAUCGCGAGGUGAUCAUGCGGAAGCCUGAAGUAUUCAAGAUGGCAUGCUUGAGGGAUAUCCAGCGUCUUUUCGGUGAUAGCUCGCGCACACCGUUCUAUGCCGGCUUUGGGAACCGGAUAACAGACGCGCUGUCGUAUCGCAGCGUGAAUGUUCCGAGUGCGAGGAUAUUCACUAUAGAUUCCUCUGGUGAGGUCAAGAUGGAGCUUCUUGAGCUCGCAGGGUAUAAAUCAUCGUACAUACAUAUGACCGACAUCGUGGACCAGAUGUUCCCUCCGAUCCAUCGGAAAUGGGCAGCUGAGUUCACUGAUUUUAAUUAUUGGAAGGCUCCAGUCCAGGAGUUCGCCCUUCCAGACUUUACGCCUCCCUCCCCAGCCCUGAGCGCACGAUCGGACACGUCUAACCAGAGUGCUCUUGCAAGGUUACGGAACUUCAGCCUCGUGGGGCGGAGACAGUCGCGGGAGAUGAAACAGUUUUCACUCCCACCGCCUGUGAUAGCGCGCGAGGGCACGCCGAAUCGAACGAUGGGUCUGCGCAGCUCACAUCUACGGCAGAUGUCAUCUCUCGAACGUCUCAGCAGCGGACUGGCAGCGCUCACACAGUCAUCUUCACCAAGCGGCUUUGAUUCACGCUCCUCAUCGUCAUCCACGUUCCUAGACUCUGACGAUGAGGAUGCAGAGAUUGAAGAGGGUAGUGUACGGAAACGACGACCAAGGAGCACAAGUAUGACGAGUAUGCCAGGGUCGCUGGAUGAUGCGCAGUUUGAGAUGGAUGGUGGGGAUGAGGAAGGGUAUGGGUAUGAUGGGGAGGUGGAGAGUGGAGAGAAUGAGGAGGAGGCUGCCGAGGAGGCGUUUGAUGAGGAUUUUCUUGCGACGGGGGAGAUGAAGAAUGUGCCGUUUUUGUAAUGUGGUUGAUGGGACCCUGGUACUUAGUUUAUAAUGUGGUAUGAUGUUCAUAUGCCCUGGAUUGCAUCAUUGGUUUGAAUAGAGAGUAAAUCAUGUAGGGGGCCUAGGCAGUUCAACGGUCCAGGUCCAGUUCGUUCGAUUUGCGAUUGGUUCCGCGGAACCAAUUUGACAUCACGUGAC